GCGACAGCAGAGCAACGGAGAAGUUAGAGACCAGAAACCAGAAGCUCCUUUCUCUCUGAUCCCCCUCUUUCUCCCCUUUCCUCUCUCCUCCUGUCGACUAAAGGAGACUAGAGUCCGGCCACAGACACAGCCUCCAGCCGCUGCCCUCCUGUUCUCCGGGUACAGAUCCUCCGUUAAAACCGGGCCGAGGACCGGCUAUCCGGACGACAACAGGAAGUUCAUGAUGACGAGCGCCCCCCCGGCCAGGAAGCCGUACCGUAAGGCGCCCCCGCAGCACCGCGAGAUGCGCCACACCCUGCCCACCCCCCCACCUGCGCUGCAGCCCGACAUCUCCCAGGAGGCGUUGUCGGACUCAGAGCGCAUCAGAAUGCUGCAGCAGCAGAACGAGGACCUGCAGCGCCGCCUCUCCCUCUCCUCCCACAGGAUGGAGGCCAUGGAGGCGGAGUUUGACGGCAGCCGUCGCUACAUGGAGGCGGAGCUCAGCCGCACCAGAGACGACCUGGACAAAAUGAGGGACAAGUUCCGCAGAUUGCAGAACAGCUACACAGCGUCUCAGAGAGCCAAUCAGGAUCUGGAGGAGAAGCUCCACGCUCUGCUACGGAAGGUGGAGAGGGACAAAAAGACGAUGGACCAGGAGAUCGUAGAGCUCACCAACAAGCUGCUGGACGCCAAGAACUCCAUCGACCGCCUGGAGGAGCUCAACGAGCGCUACAGGCAGGACUGCAACCUGGCCGUCCAGCUGCUGAAAUGCAACAAGUCGCACUUCAGGAACCACAAGUUUGCCGACCUGCCCUAUGAACUGCAGGACAUGCUGAACAAACACAUGAAGGGGCUCCCAGAGCACAGCCCCCCCACCGGCCCCCAGGACCCGGACUCCCUGAGCCUGACGGACGUGGUCCCCCCCUCGGUGAUCGCCCGGGUCCUGGAGAAGCCGGAGCCCCUUCUGCUGAACUCGGCCCAGUCGAGCAGCUGCAGCCGUCCGGCCUCCGAGGACGUGUUCGUGCACGUGGACAUGACGGGGGGGGGGCAGCAGAAUGGAUCGUGCGGCCGCAGUCUGGAUGGGCAGUCGGGGGGGGGAAGAGGCGACGGGGGGGCUCCAUGUAUGGAGAAGCUGAACCCGUACCCCCCCCCGCCGCCCCCCCACCCGCUCUACCCGGGCAGGAAGGUGAUCGAGUUCUCGUCCGACGACAAAGUGAAGAUCCCCAAGAACUCCCCCCUCCCCAACUGCACCUACGCCACCCGGCAGGCCAUCUCGCUCAGCCUGGUGCAGCACGACGAGGGGCGAGCAAGCCCCGCCCACUCCUGCUCCUCGGGGGGCUGCGGCUCGCCCCCCUCCCAGAGAGACGCCACCAGCGAGCCGCUGAGCAGCCAGUCCAGCCCCUUCAGCAGCCCCCCCCAGGUAACCUCCCUGUUGAUACUCUUUACUACAAGCCCCCCCCCCCCCCCCAGCCCCCCCCCCCCCCCAGAGCUGCUGGGAUCUCUGGAAGGACCCCCCAUGGCCCCCAUGCAGCGGGUGGCCAGAGACGUGCCUGAGCUGACCCUGAACGCCUCUCUGCUGAUGUCCCACUGA